GAGCUCCAGCUAUCUAAAUGCAAGGAUUAGGAACUCGGAGAAAGGGAACAAAAUCUUUUACAUCACAAGUUGAGAAAAUCGCCUUUGUUCUACCUCCAAUUACUAACAAGAGAAAAUCUGCAGAUGCUGGAAAUCCAAACAAUACACACAAAAUGCCGGUGGAACUCACCAUUCGUACUCUUUUCCAUAGAUGCUGCCUGGCCUGCUGAGCUCCUCCAGUAUUUUGUGUGUGUUGCUUCCUUUACCUCCUCUUGCUCUGGACUUUUCUACCGGUUAAAAACGAGAAGGAGUUUGUCUCCAGGAAGCUCAAACAUGACACGCCAGUUUUGUUGUCUCUGUCUAUAUAUUUCAGAAGUGGAGCAAGGGAUUCAACCAACCAUCCUUCCUGUUCAGACUGUGGGGAGGGAUUCACUCGGUUAACUGACCAACUGGCACACCCGUCAUUUUACACAGGAGAAAGGCCGUUCACCUUCUCAGACAGUGGGAAUGGAUUCACUCGGUCAUCUCAACUGAAGGUACAUUAACAAGUUCACACUGGGCAAGGCCAUUCACCUGUUCUGUGGGUGACAAAGGAUUCACUCAGUAUUCCCACCUGUGGACACACCAGUCAGUUCACACCAGGCAGAGGCUGGUCAUCUGCUGAAUUUCUGGGAAAAGAUUCACUCAGUCAUCUGACUUAAUGGCUCACCAGCGAGUUCACACCAGGGAGCGGCCAUUCACCUGCUCAUUCUGUGGGAAGAGAUUCAUUAAAUCAUCCCACCUGCUGAGUCAUCAGCGAGUUCACACUGGGGAGAAGCCGUUCGCCUGCUCAGAAUGUGGGAAGGGAUUCACUGAGUUAUCCAACCUACAGAAUCAUCAGCGAGUCCACACUGGGGAGAAGCCAUUCACCUGCUCAGAAUGUGGGAAGGGAUUCAGUCAGUCAUCCCACCUGCAGAGACACCAGCGAGUUCACACUAGGGAGAAGCCGUUCACCUGCUCAGAAUGUGGGAAGAGCUUCACUCACUUAUGCAACCUACAGAAUCAUCGGCCAGUUCACACUGGGGAGAGGACAUUCCCCUGCUCAGAAUGUGGGAAGGGAUUUACUCAGUCAUCCAGCCUACUGAGUCAUCAGCGAGUUCACACAGGGGAGAGGCCCUUCACCUGCUCAGAAUGUGGGAAGGGAUUCACUCAGUCAUCCCAUCUGAAGGUUCAUCAGCGAGUUCACACUGGGGAGAAGCCGUUCACCUGCUCAGUCUGUGGAAAGGGAUUCACUGAUUCAUCCACCCGGCAGAAACAUCAGCGAGUUCACACUGGGGAGAAGUCAUUCACCUGCUCAGAAUGUGGGAAGGGAUUCACGGAUUCAUCCUGCCUACUGGUACAUCAUCGAGUUCACACCGGGGAGAAGCCGUUCACCUGCUCAGAAUGUGGGAAGGGAUUCACUCAGUCAUCCCACCUGCAGAGACAUCAGCGAGUUCACACUGGGGAGAAGCCCUUCACCUGCUCAGAAUGUGGGAAGAGAUUCACUCAAUCUUCCACCCUACAGGCACACCAGCGAAUUCACACUGGGGAGAAGCCGUUCACUUGCUCAGUCUGUGGGAAACGAUUCACUCUGUCAUUCCAACUACUGAAACACCAGCGAGUUCACACAGGGGAAAGGCCAUUCGCCUGCUCAAAAUGUGGGAAGGGAUUCACUCAGUCGUCCCAACUACUGGCUCACCAGUCAGUUCACAAUGGGGAGUGGCCAUAGUUAUGAAUCCCUGGGUCUCGUUUGCUGUGGACUGUCAUUUUAAAAGAGAUCAAGAGAUUAAGAAGGUGGAUCAGUCUGACUUGCAGCUUGUUUACAUCACUCGCAGCUUGUUUAGUUUUAACCGAGGACACAGACACUCAGAGUCAGACGGAGACGAACUAGGGAAAACUGAAGGAUCGAAACAAGGGAACUAGUGGCCAAGGGUCACUGUUUGGAACUUUUCUAUGCACACAACGGUGGGUUAAUUAUCGAUUCACCGUACAUCGAAUGUGUAGUUGUCACCUCGUUUGAUCCAUAGGAGUGGAUCUGAUUUGGGGUGUCCUGUGAAAACCACUGAUGUGUUAACCCUUGCCUGGGUGUGGUGUGGUAAUUCACUUGAAGACGAAACCCCUUGUGACAAGUCACUUUCGGUGAUAAAUCGUAUGAGAGUUUGGAACGACAACAAAUAAAAUCUACAGCGACUGUUCUCUCGUUUUUCCACCAUGGAACCUGUGGAAUUCGACAUAAUUGCUUUCUCUCAACAUUUACCCUGGAUUACAAAUAUCUCUCUCAUCACCUAUUCCAUGGAUGAACUGCACUUUCAUACUUUACCAUCCCAAUACUCCAAGCCUUGUUUCCCCCGAGCUCAAUAGUUUGGGAGUUUUAUUUAAACACAUAUAUACACAUAACACUGUUAACUUUUGUUUAUCUUGCAUUAGUUACUAUAUUACAAGUAGAUUCUAAUACAGAUAGUUUUAAGAUCAAAAACAGACUCCAGGUAUAGUCUAUUGCUGCUGGUUCGUUUCUAAAACGUUAUGAUUCGUAACAAAAUUGGGGCCUGCAUCCAGUAUAUGAACAGAUUUGGGGGUGUAUUCAUUAAUUAUCAAUUUCAUCCCUUUUCAUUUAUUGGUGUGUGGAAAAUCAGCAGCAAUGGAUGCUGACCAGCCUCUGAGGCAUUAGAGGACGCCAGAAGGAUUGAGUUGUUGAGCCUUGCUAGAAGGGUAAAACUUGCUAAAGUGAAAUUGACAAUGAGGAGGGCACAGAUGCAGAGGAUAAUAGCUGAACAUUAUGAAUUUGGGGGUGUGUUUAAAGUGGAGGAGUUGGAGGUGUUUCCUGAAAGUAAACCUAGUGAGCUUGAGCUCCAGUACAAGUGAGAAAAAUUAAACUGGAGGCUGCGGAAAGGCAGAGGCAGUUUGAGGCUUGAGAAGCAGAAAAACAGAGAAGAGGCAGAAAAAUAGAGGGAGGAAACAGAAAGACAGAGACUGUUCGAGCUGGAAAAGAUAAAGAGGUUGCAGCAAAGGAGUCCAGCGUUUUUCUCUGGUGAUAAAUUUGAGGCCAAUUGGGAAGUUAAAUUGGUCCCUCAAUUUGACGAGGCCGAGAUUGAUAAAUACUUGCAGCAUUUUGAAAAAGUUGCUCAGAGUUUAAAGUGGCCAGAAGAGGUUUGGACUAUUCUCUUACAAAGUGUAAUUCAGGGGAAGGCUCAGCAAGCCUAUUCUGCUUUGAUUGUUGAUGAAGCAGCUGAUUGUGACAUAGUGAAACAGGCUGUGCUCAAAGCUUACGAGUUUGUCCCAGAAUCAUACAGGCAAAAGUUUAGAAAUUUGAGGAAAUCUGUGAACCAGACUUUUAUGGAUUUUGCUUAUGAGAAGUCUGUGUGUUUUGACCGCUGGUGCACAUAUAAAAAUGUGAAUGAUAAUUUUAACAGCUUGAAAGAAUUGGUUUUAAUUGAGGAAUUCUAAAGGUGCGUCCCUGAUGACACAAAGACAUAUUUAGAUGAAAAAGAUGCUGCCACUUUGCAGGACUCUGCUUGAUUAGCAGAUGAGUUUGCUCUAACUCAUAAGGUUAAAUUUAUCCUGAAUAACAGCUUCCAAAAGAGUAGCAGGGAUCACCAGGGUAAACCAGAAAUUAAAGCUGGGACUAGUGACAAGAGUAAGGAUGAAGGGAAACAGUUGAAGGAGAAAUACUCUGGUCUUACUUGUUACUAUUGUAAGAAAGCUGGUCAUGUGAUGGCUGAUUGUUCUGUCCUGAAGAUGGAAAAGGAAAAGGAGGCAGUCCCGAAUGCCUGUGAUCAGUCUGUUGAAGCACCUGUAAACCCACAGGGUUCUGAACAUUCUGUUUGCUAAGUUAAGGUCUGAGAGGUCUGACCAAGUUAAGAAGGUGUUCGAUCAUUUUAUGUCAGAUGGAUUUUUAUUAGUAAAGGAAGGGUGAACCAUAUUUCCAGUGAAAAUUUUUCGAGAU